UUUCACAGGGAGUUUUUUUUUAUGCAUUAUAUUUGAUUAAAAAGCCUGAAUUUUGGAUCAAGUGGAGCGGAAAUUUGAACUCAAGUAUUUGUUGUUUAUGAGUUGAGAAGGGAUAAUUUAAAAUGUGUAGACUAGAAGAAACAAGUGGAAAGUGUGACUACAAGAAACAGUGGGAAAUGAAGAUUAAGAUCUUUGGGGAAGGGAAAGUGGAGAAGUUAAAGAAUUCAAUGGUUUCAAGGCCUAGAAUGAAGCUAUGGACGUUAAGGGUAUUAACCACAAUUUUGUUAUGGACUUGCUUUAUUCAAUUGAUGACACUGGGAGAAAUGUUUGGUCCAAAAUUCAUGAAAGGUUGGCCUUCUUGUUUCACUCAAUCUGAUUCUGAAUUGCCUUUGGUUCCUGAAUUGUCUUCUAUUCCACCAAAACUCAUCCUUCCUCCCAAAAGGUUAUAUAAGAACAAUGGUUAUCUUAUGGUUUCCUGCAAUGGAGGACUUAACCAAAUGCGAGCCGCUAUUUGUGACAUGGUUGCCAUUGCCAGAUACCUAAAUGUCACGCUUAUUGUCCCGGAAUUAGAUAAAACCUCAUUCUGGAAUGAUCCUAGUGAGUUUAAGGACAUUUUCGAUGUUGAACAUUUCAUUACUUCCUUGAGGGAUGAGGUUCGGAUAUUGAAGGAACUACCACCUCGAGUUCAGCAACGGGUUGAUCAAGGAAUGUUCCUCUCUAUGCAACCCGUCAGUUGGUCCGAUGCUUCUUAUUAUGUUCAUCAGAUUCUUCCUCUUGUGCGAAAGCACAAAGUUGUACAGUUGAAUAAAACCGAUACUCGGCUUGCAAAUAAUGAACUACCCCUCGAGAUUCAGAAGUUGCGCUGCCGUGUAAAUUUCAAUGCGCUGAGAUUUACUUCCCAGAUCGAGGAAUUGGGUAGAAAAGUUGUCAAGAUUUUAAGGGAGAGAGGCCCUUUUCUCGUGCUUCAUCUCCGAUAUGAAAUGGACAUGUUGGCCUUUUCCGGCUGCACUCACGGCUGCAACAGCGAGGAAGAGGAAGAACUUACGAGAAUGAGGUAUGCUUAUCCCUGGUGGAAGGAAAAAAUAAUAAAUUCAGAAAUGAAAAGGAAAGAAGGAUUGUGCCCUUUGACACCAGAAGAAACAGCUCUAGUAUUAAAAGCCCUCGGUAUUGAUCGCAACGUCCAAAUUUACGUUGCUGCUGGAGAAAUUUAUGGUGGCGCAAAUCGGAUGGCUCCGCUGGCAGAAGCAUUUCCUAAUUUGGUCAGAAAGGAGACUCUACUUCGAUCGGACUUGAAAUUCUUCCAAAACCACUCAUCCCAAAUGGCAGCAUUGGAUUAUCUAGUCGCCAUAGAAAGCGAUAUAUUUGUUCCGACAUAUGAUGGAAACAUGGCCAAAGUUGUCGAAGGCCAUCGGAGAUUCUUGGGGUUCAAGAAAACUAUCUUACUAGACCGAAAACUUCUAGUUAAGUUAAUAGAUCAAUACCAAAAUGGAUUGUUAAGCUGGGACGAGUUCUCCGAUACCCUGAAGGAAGUUCAUUCGAAUAGAAUGGGAAACCCGAACAAACGGGUCGUUAUUCCGGAUAGACCGAAAAAAGAAGAAUAUUUUUAUUCGAAUCCACAUGAAUGUCUACAACUGUUGGAUGAACCUUUGAGAAGAAGAUGAGGUGAAUAACGGUGGUUAAAGUAUGAUCUUCAAUUACACUUGUACUUAAAAUACGUAUUUAUUAUCAAACAUUCUCAAAUAAUGCAGAUCCCAAUUUGUAUU